AUAAAUUAUUAAUAAUGAUUUAAAAAUAUAAUAUGACAGAUUUUUGGAAAUAAAUAAUAUUUCAUUAAUUCCGAAAUUAUAAGAUACAUAUUCAUUAUUUUAAAAUCGUAUCAGUUUUAAAGAAAUUUAUCGUUUUAGUAACUAAUUCAAAUAACUUGAUACUUUGAAAGAAAUCGAACUCGGAGCUCAGGACGAAUGAACCAAGGAAAAAGGAAUAGCAAAUCGUGGAAUUGAGGUACCGCGGGAAACGAUGGAAACGAGUAGUUGCGAGGAAUUUCACUUUAAUAAUAUUCACUUAGUUUAUGCUUAAAGUUAUAAUAGUUUAAUUAAGAAAUUUUAGUAAGCGCGCUAUGUACUUUUAUUUUGGAAAUAUAAAGGAUUACUAUAUUAAUUUGGAGUUUUAAAUGGCUUAGAAUAUGAUGGUUGCCUUGUAAUUCCCAAGAGGGAGUUACGGCAGGUAAUGUCCCGACCAAAUUAGGUUAAUUCCGCUGCUAAGUAUGCUUAAUAAUUGAAUUAGAGGUCGGGGUGUUACAUGAUUACUUGAAUAUAGUCAGUGGCGGAGCCAGGAAUUCAACGUUGGGGGGCGAGAAAAAAAAUGGAACUAAAAAAUAAGGGGGGGCGAGAAAAAAAAAAAAACUAACAAAAAAAGGUAUGGUAUUAGGAUUAGAACCCUAAACCAAGCAAUACAUAUGGAAUUAAACAAGAAAUAACCAUUGAGGCAAGUACCAUUUAGUGAUAUAUUUUAGUAUUUAUUACUAUAUAUAACUGUUUUUUAAAUUUGUUGGGGGGGCGGCCGCCCCCACCCGCCCCCCCUAUCUCCGCUACUGAAUAUAGUGUGGUAUUCGGCUUGAUUUAAGUUAACCUUAUUUAUUCAUAUAAAUUUAAUUAAUGUUCAAGAGAAGUAUUAGUGGUACUAACUUUAAUGGGGUAAGAAGUCCUAAACGAAUAGAAAGAGGGAGGUGGGUUGAUUAUGUAGUCCAUUAGUGGUAUAUUGGCCUCACAAGAGAGAACAUAGUCACUCACCAAAUAUUGAAGCAAUAUCUUGACAAAGAUGAUAUAAUUAGUUACUAGAUUUAAAUGCAGGAGAUGCAUGUUUAACAUUUUUCGUAAAACAUGUAAUGUGAAUCAUAUUAUACUAACACAAAAUUAAGAGCCUUUUGGUGAACGUCACACUUCUCGAUCAAAGUGACUAUACGAUAGAGACCUGUUAAAAAGAUAAACGUCCUUAACUAAUUGAUUGAGUAUUGUGUCCUAGAAUUUGAACAUUUUUUUAACUAUUAGAUGAUUGGAAUAAGUUUAUAAAAAGGAGGAUCGAACUACGGAAACAAGGAGGUAAUUAGAGAUCUUAGGUCUUGUUUAUUUAAACUUAUUUAAACUUAUUUUAAGUUAUUGCAACAAAAUUUAGUUCGGAUAAGUUCAACAAAUAUCAUUUUUUUUUUCCAGCCAAUGUUAUACACAUAUAAGUUAUUUUCAACAAAAAAUAAGUUAAGUUAAGUUCAUAUAAGGUUUUAAUAAGUUCAGAUAAGUUAAUUUCAGUUAACGAAAUAGAGCCUUUUAAUAAACUAUACAUAUUAAAAUCUACUUCCUUUGUUCUUAUUUAGUUGCCAGAAUUUGAUUUUAACUAUUUAUACACCAUCGUUUGACGGAAUUUGUUGUGUAUGUGUAAGGUAAAAUAUAGUCAUGUGAGAUUUUUGUUAAACUCGACUUGAUAAAUAUUUUCAAAAUAUUUACUUUUAGAUUUUUUCACAUAGCAAAAAAUAUUAAUAAUUUAAAGUGUGCAUUGACAAAUGUGAUUAAAUAAAUGUGUCAAACAAUAAGAACGUAAGAAAUAUACUUGGAUAUACUCACUCCGUCCCUUAAUACUCGCCCCAGUUUGACCGGCAUAAAGUUUUAGGCAAUUUAAUUGACUUAUUAAUUUAUUAGGUGGUGGAUUUUUUUUAAUAUAGUUAGUGGGAUGUGUGUCAAAUAAAGGGGUGGGUUGAAUUUUUUAAUAUUUUUUUUAAGGAAGUUGGAAUAUAUGUGGGUCCAUGGUAAGUGAAAGAAAUGAUAUAAUAUUAGUAAAAGUAUGCCAUUUUUAGAAACGGGGCGAGUAUUAAGGGGCGACUUUAUAAGAAAAGCGGGAGCGAGUAUUAAGGGAUGGUAGAGUUGUCAAAACAGGUCAUCGGAGGUCGGUCUGGGUCAGGUCAUCUCGGGUCUCGGGUCAUGAUCAGGUCGGGUGUAUCGGGUCACUUUAUCACUCGGGUUAAGGUCGACUUGGUUUUCUGUCGGGUCAUGCCGGGUUUUUUCCCAUGUCGGGUACACGUCGGUUCGGGUCGGAUCACGUUCAGGUCGGGUUCAAUUUCGGGUUUGAAUCGAGUUUGUACUGGUUAAUCUCGGGUUUGUGGUCAAAUUCGGAUCGGAUAAUUUUCGUAUCGGUUAAAAUUUAGGUCGGGUUACUCUCGGACACGGGUUAAAAUCGAUUCAAUAACUGAUUUGGUCAUCUCAAAAUAUUCAAGCGUAUAAUAUUUACUUCACGAAAUCGAGUCACUAACAGGUUAUGUGGUAAAAAUUGGUUUAAGUUUGUUGUCAAGUCGGGUAUCGAAUUGGGUACGGCUCAUUGUUUGGUCGGGUCAGUUCGGUUAUCCGUCAACUUUUGGUUUGGUUUCGGGUUCAGGUCCUACAACAUCAGGUUAAAAUCGGUUAUCGAUUUUUUCGGGUCGGGUACAGGUCGAGUUUCGGGUUACCUGUUUUACCAAAAUUCCGGGUCAUGGUCGAUUUCGUGUUUGAUCAAUUCAGGUCGGAUUUUCAAGUCGGGUCAAUUUUUAACCGCUCUUGAAAUGGAGGGAGCAACUUUUAAUAUCUUUAAAACUUGCAAUUGGCAAAUGGCAAAUGGCAAAUGGCAAAUGGCAAAUGGCAAUGAAUGAGCCUGAAGCAAUAUGGAAAGGGAAAAAAGGGUAACUUUAACUGGGCCGUUUUAAGGAAAUUUGCUGGGCCGGGCUACUACUGACGUGUUAUGUGAAUGGUCAAAUUCCAAGAAGAGAGGUUAAGGGCACAAAUCUGCGCAAAAUUUGGGGGUUUAGGGUUCUUCCUUCAAACAACUGUAAACAGAACAACAACAACAGAAAUUGAAAUUUCGUAGUCGAAAAAUCUGAGCAAAAGAUGUCGAAGAAGAACAAUCUUUCUACUCGCAAGAGACAGCACGAUUUCGAUAUAAGAAGAGAAAAGGAGGAGAAGGAGAAAAAGGCGAAGAAGCUUCAGGCAAAUAAGAGCAAAAUGAAGGUUGAUGGGGGAGAUAAGAAGAAAAAGAAAACAAGUAAAUUCUCAGUGAAGAAGAAAUUGAAAUUGAAGACGAAAUUGUCGGCAUCUGCUAAAGCUAAAGCUCAACAAGCUAUGGAACUUGAUGAUUAAGGUUUAAUUUUUGUUUAUUAACAACGUAAGAUGUUUUUAUUUUAAUUGCAUUGAGAGGUUUUGUACGGUUGUAGUAUGAAAUUUCAUAUAGUUCAAUUUUGUUACAUCAAAGCUUAAAUUUGAUGCAAAUUAGUUCAAUGUGGUUACUUGAAGCUUAAAUUUGAUGCAAAUUAGUUCAAUGUGGUUGUUCC